UCCUUUGGAACUGCGCAUGCGCAGUAUAUGUAUAUCUGUCAGUGCAGUAAGGAGCAGUAAGAUGGACAGUGAGGAGGCUCCUGCUCAGAGGCCAGUCACCUUGGAGAUCACAGUGGAAGAUGUAACCGCUGAAGCCCCAGGCCCAGACCCUCCAAAGCUAACCAUCAGCCAGACCCCACUCAGAGAAAAUCUCCUUCCCCAGGUAGAGAGCAUCGACUUGGGCGGGGAGUUUUCCACCCCCCAGGAAGACAGCAGUGCUACACCUUCAGAGAGCCUGAUGGACAAGCUAAAUGACCAGAUGAUGGAGAGCGUCCUGAUUUCUGACUCGCCAAACAACAGUGAGGAGGAGGACGACGACGAAGACGUAGCCCCCAUGGACUCCUUUCUAGAUGCAGUGGAGGAGGAAGAUCAUUUUCACGAGACAUCAGUCGACAAAGAGGAACAAAGUGAAAUAGGUCAGAAUACGACUGAGAUUGAAGUUACAGUGGAGGAACAGGAGAAGGAUAGCUCUGUGGAGAAAGUGGAUGAAGAAACCAGGGAGCAGACAGACACUGAGGAGCAGGUGAUAUCCUGUGUUUCACUCCAAGUUGACGAGCACAGCCCGUCUGAUCCCAACAGUGGGGAACAGUCACUACUAGAAGCUCAAGAGACGAAAGAUUUCUCUGUGCCGGUGUGCACUAUAUUCAGCCAUGGCGCCCAUCCAAAGUCGUUGGUGCCCGAUGGAUUCCAGCCCACCCUCAUCAAGUCCCCCAGUUUUAGCAUGGGGAGCGGUGUAGAAACCAGUGAGGCAGUGACCCCCAGCAAGCUGAUGGCUCCCCUCGUGUGCCAGCCCAGCCCCAGCCUCAGUAAGUUCUUCAAUGAUAACGGACAUGUCAACCCAGCCUCAGAUUUCUUUGAUUCCUUCACUGUCCCCUCCUCCUUCAUCUCUGUUUCAAACCCAAAUGCUGACAUCCCUCCUGGUGCCACCCCAGCGUCCAUAGCCCCCAACCCUGAGCGGCAGCUCUCCUCCACCUCCUCCUCCAUCUCCAACCCCGGUGGAGCUCUGGACUCUGGUGCUCCCACUCCUAGUUCAGUGUUUGCCCCAUCUGAAUCAACCGCCAAGGCCCAACCUCCUCCAUCCCAAGAAGCCCCAGCUCAAGCCCCUGCCCCAGCCCCUCAGCCGCAGCCCUUCAGCACGCUUCAGGCUGUGUUUUCGGGGAGCGAUGACCCAUUUGCGACAGCGUUGAGCCUGAGUGAGGUGGACCGGCGCCAUGAUUCCUGGCUGCCAUCUGAGGAGACCAGGAAGGUGCUGAUCUCUGUGGCCACCCAGCAGUACAGCCCUGCCUAUGUAGAGACCACCAGACUCACUAUGCCCGGACUCAAGUUUGACAACCUUCAGGUGAGACUUAUGCUGUAA